AUGCCGGAGCUUCCAGAAGUGGAGGCUGCUCGCGCAGCCAUUGCGGAGCAUUGCCUUGGAAAGAAAAUUAUAAAGUCCAUUAUCGCUGACGACACCAAAGUUAUUGAUGGCGUAUCUCCCAAGGACUUUGAAGCUACGUUGACCGGGAAAACAAUCGUCGCCGCUCACCGGAAGGGGAAGAACAUGUGGCUUGAGCUCGAUUCACCUCCCUUCCCGACUUUCCAAUACGGGAUGGCUGGUGCCGUAUAUAUCAAGGGAGUUGCUGUUACAAAAUAUAAGAGGUCAGCUGUAAAAGAUGAUGAUGAAUGGCCUUCCAAGUAUUCCAAAGUUUUUGUUGAACUAAAUGAUGGCUUAGAGUUCUCAUUCACUGACAAGAGGAGGUUUGCUAAAGUUCGUUUGCUUGACAAUCCAGUGGCAGUGCCCCCAAUUUCUGAACUUGGUCCAGAUGCAUUCCUGGAGCCUAUGAGUGUAGAUGAGUUCUUCAAGUCAUUGAGCAAGAAAAAUAUUGGUAUCAAGGCCCUUUUACUUGACCAGGGUUUUAUCUCAGGGAUUGGCAAUUGGAUCGCUGAUGAAGUUCUAUAUCGAGUAAGUAGCUUUAUUAGUGGUGUUGCUGCUUCUGGCCUUAGGAUUGGUGCAAUACGUUUUGAGUUCUGUUCAGAUUUUACUACUGUUGACCAUCUAAACCUUCACGGAGCGAGAAUUCAUCCCCUGCAAAGUGCUUCGAGCAUGUCUAAAGAAACGUGCGAGAGACUACUCAAUUGUAUUCAUGAGGUCAUUGGAAAAGCUGUUGAAGUUGGGGCAGAUAGUAGUCAGUUUCCCACUAAUUGGAUUUUCCAUUCCCGGGAAAAGAAGGGCAAGGCUUUUGUUGAUGGAAAAAAGAUAGAGUUUAUUACAGCUGGUGGCAGGACAACAGCCUAUGUGCCCGAGUUGCAAAAGCUGAGUGGGGUGCAAGCUACAAAAGAACCACAGAAGGGGAAGAGAGCAAAAGGAAGCAAGAACGGUAAAGAUCAUAAAAAUGUUGACGAGGUUGAUGGUCGGGAUGUCAUAGUGAAGACUGGAGAAAAGACUUCAAAAGGAAGGAGUGUUUCUGUUAAGGGAAAAUCCAAAGAUACUCUUAAUAUUAGCCGUAAUGAUGCUGUGAAGGAUAGUGAUAGCAGCUCUGGUGAUGAAGAUCCAAAGAAUACUUCUAGAAAGAAACCUUCUGUGGGAAAUGAGUCCAAGAAGACUACAACAAAAAAGGUUUCUAAAAGAAGGAAGUCUUUGGAAAGUGGUGAUUCUACAGGAGACGAUGAUGAAAAUGAGAAUAAUAGGGAUCACAAGAAAGCCAAGAAAACUAAGAAGAAUAUGAUGAAACAAAAUGUUGAAUCCAAUCAAAAUAGGCGGUCAACGAGGAAGAAGGCACAAUAG